AUGGUCACCACCACUGUAGCUGAUACUGCUGCCGCUCUGAACACGCAUACUGAGUCCUCCACGACAACACAACAAGAAUAUCGGGCAAACGAUGACAAAGUACAGAAAAAUUCCAAGCACGCUAGGGAGAAUCCAGCGCAGAGUACAAGAAUAGAUGUCUCGUCUGUCAGGCAGAAGACCAUUGCUGUGAUCGGCACGACUGGGUUCCUCGGUCCGUAUCUUCUAGCAUCUCUACUCCAAACCUACACUGGCUCCAACAUUCUCUGCAUCAACAGACGCGCCGAUGCAGAACAGCGAACCUUGGUAGCUCUCGAGGGCAUUGCUGGGUACUACUCCAGUAGAUACUCUCGCGUACGCUUCCUUGUCGCAGAUAUCACGCGGCAAGACGUAGGAAUGGGGCUGGUUCAGGACGAGCUACUUGCCUCUGUAGUUGAUGAAGUCAUUUUCAACGCUUGGAACCCCCACCGGGGCCUGCCGCUGGAAAGCUUCCAGCCACUACUAAGUGCCUUAGUCAGCGCCAUCGGCUUCUGCACGUCAAGCCCCAGACAACCUCGCAUAACUUUCAUCUCGUCUGUCUGUGCUGUUGGAGAAUGGCCACGCCAGCAUCCCGAGCAGCGCCUCAUCCCCGAGCGCGUAGUUUGGGAUAGUGCCAGCGCCAUGCGCCAUGGGUACGGUCAGAGCAAGUGCAUCGCCGAGCAGCUCCUCGCACGCGCUCACGCCGUAUCGGGUCUCAGUGUUGCGAUUGUCCGCGCAGGACAGAUUGGAGGGCCGGCUCGACCGAGCACUGCGUAUAGCAUCUGGCCAGUGCAAGGUUGGCUGUUCUCGAUCAUCAAAGCUCGCGCAAAAAUUGGAUACUGGCCUGCGCAUGUCCAGCCUUUGGACUGGAUCCCAGUGGGCGCGCUUGCUGAGGGGGUUGCCAGAGUCGUAUGUGGAGAGUCGAGAGCCAAGGAUGUGCAGGUCCUCAACAUGAUGCAUCCGCAGCCUGCUCCGUGGCGAUUGCUGUUCGCGACAUUGCAGAGCCGAUUUGGACUCAGAGCAGAGGAGGUCAGUCUUCCGGAGUGGCUGGACGCACUGGAGCCAGGGGCGCUGAAGCUAGAUGCCUUCCUGCGAGCGGCAGGAAGGGGCAGAGAGUACGACAUGGCGGUGGAGAAAGGAGACGCUUCAGCUCUCCUGCCUGAGGUGGCACCUAUCACAGAGGAUCAAUUAGUGGCAUGGAUAAGGGGGUGGAAUUUAAAGCUUGGACACAACCGGGCUAAGAUAUAG